AUGUCGAACACUACGACGACAACCACAAGCGCAGGCACAGGCACAGGCACAAGCACAAUGCGGGCACAGGUCCUCGAAGCCUUCAACAAGCCCUACGUCCUCAAAACGGACUUUGCGCGCCCUGCACCUCCAAAGGGCCACGAGAUGCUUGUGCGCGUCACGGCCGCGUCGUACUGCCAUACAGAUGCCGUCUUCACCGCGGGCGCCAUGCAACAGGGUCUUCCCCGUGUAGGAUCUCAUGAGUUUGCGGGUAUCGUCGAGGCGUUUGGUGACGAGGCCCAGUCCGUGGCGCAAGUCAAGGGGAUAUCACGGGGCGAUCUGGUCGGGGUGCCAGGCCGUGCGUUCGGCCCGUGCGGAUCCUGCGAAGAGUGCGUGGACAAUGGUGGUGAUCUACCGGGGUAUGGAGUCUGGUGUCCAAAGGCCAGCAACCUGGGACUGACGAGAGACGGAGGCUUCCAAGAUUAUUGCUUGGUGGACGUGAGGCAAGUCGCGCGGGUGCCGAGUGGCGGAGCCAUGAAAGCCGUGGACAUCGCUCCGCUCAUGUGUGCAGGCGUCACGGUGUGGAACGCCCUGGCAGCCGCGGGACUGAACAUGGAAGGAGGCGACAGGGGCAAGGGAGACAAGGUCGUUGCAAUUCUCGGAGCUGGUGGCGGCUUGGGACACUUGGGCGUGCAAUUUGCUGCGAAACUCGGCUGGAAGGUGGUCGCCGUAGACACAACUCCAGCGAUGGCCAUGUUGGACGGCGUCAUCAAAGAACUUGGCGAGGAUGGCAAAAACGUUAUCCCCGUCGAUGUGUUGAAGGAGAAUGUGGAGAGUGCGAAAAGUCGCAUUUUCGGAACCGCCUCCUCGGGGCUCGAAAGUCAAAAAGGCUGCGAUUCUAGUGUGAUUCUACCGGAGUCGCAGGCCGCGUUUGACUUCGGCAUGGGUGUCAUAAAGAGCCAUGGGACAUGUGUGUGCGUAAGCUUCCCUAAAGAUGGUUGGCAUUUCAAGCCCGGAGACUUGGUCUUUAGACAUAUCAAGCUCGUCGGUGUGUUAACGGGGCGUAAUCACCAACUGCAGGCGAUGGUGGACUUUGCCGCCAAGUACGGCGUCCGAGCAAAGAUCAGGACAUAUCCUCUGGAGAAGCUGAAUGAGCUCGUGGAGGAUUACCAUCGUGGUGUAGGUGGCAAGUUGGUUGUUGACAUGGAGAUGGAGUCGUAA